AUGGGUUUUCAUGGAAUGCUCUUGCUUUCAGUCAUCAAUGUUUUGCUGGGACAAACCGUAUGUGAGUGCUUCAGUUUUCCGAAUUUCAAUGAAGCGCCUAACAACCUCUUCAUUUUCAACAAUUCCGACAUAGCUUUUGGCGCCUUGCAAGUCACACAGGAAACGCAAAACACCGAUCCACGGUAUUCCAUGGCUAACAGAUCGGGAAGAGUGAUCUACAAUAACGCAUACAAGUUCUGGAGAGAAGAUGGCUUCCCUGUAUCUUUCAACACCACAUUUGUUCUCAAUAUUCAAGUGCCCAAUGGGACUGGUGGCGGCGGAAUGGCGUUUAUCAUAUCUUCUAACAAGAAUGUGAAUGAUAUACCAGCGAACAGUUACGGGCUCUGGAUGGGGCUCUUCAAUUCCGCCAUCAACGGACUCAGCAGCAAUGAAAUGGUAGCGGUUGAGUUUGACACCAGGAAGAACAAUGGCACAAAUGACCCAGACGGCAACCACAUUGGAAUCAAUGUUAAUAGCAUAAAUUCCACAAAAAUAGAGUCUCUUGCAGGAUCGCAGAUCGAUCUGAAGAGCGGCAACGACAUCACGGUGUGGAUACAAUUCAACGGCGUUCAGCAGCAACUUCAAGUUUACAUGGCAAAUGGGUCGUCUCCCAUGCCCUUGCAGCCCCUUCUCUCCGUUACCCUCAAUCUCUCUGGCGUUCUCGGCUCAAAAGUUCAUUUCGGCUUUUCCGCUUCCACAAGCGAGAGCAUCGAGCUCAACUGUGUCAAAUCAUGGAAUCUCACGAUCGAACCAGUGACCUCAAGCUCCAGAAGGGCAUUAACAAUCGCAGUUUCCGGGGUGGCGUGCGCUCUGUUCAUUGCAGCACUGGUGGGCAUAGUCCUAAUAUGUAUAAAGUACCGGAAAUCGCGAGCAGAAGCUGCGGAGGUAGCGGGGACGAUUCAGAAUCUGCCGGGUCAUCUUCGAGAGUUCAAAUUCAAAGAUCUGAAGAAGGCCACGCACAAUUUCAGCAUCGAGUCGCAGCUCGGGCAAGGCGCUUUCGGGUCCGUUCACAAAGCAAUCCUCCCCAAGGACAAAAUCACGGUGGCUGUGAAGCGCAUGUUGAAGGAUUCGAAACAAGUGAAAGGAGAAUUCAUAUCGGAGCUGAGCAUAAUCAACCAGCUGCGCCAUCGGAACCUGGUACCGUUGCUCGGGUGGUGCCACGACAACGGGCGACUGAUGAUGGUGUACGAGUACAUGCCCAAUGGGAGCCUGGAGAAGCACAUUUAUCGAGGCUUACUGGAUUGGGACCAGAGAUACAAGAUUCUUUCGGGUGUGGCCUCGGCAUUGCUUUACCUUCAUGAAGAAUGGGAGAAGCAGGUAAUCCACAGGGAUCUGAAACCCAGCAACAUAAUGCUCGACUCCAACUACGAUGCCCGGCUUGGGGAUUUUGGCCUCGCCCGUUUGCUUGAACACAACCGUGCGACUAACAAGUCGACGAACGUGGCGGGCACAAUGGGUUACAUUGCUCCAGAGUGUUUUCAUACUGGACGGGCGACUGUUCAGUCUGAUAUUUUUGGGUUCGGUGCAGUUGUUCUUGAAGUUGUCUGUGGAAGACCCGUUCACUGGGGAAGAGAGCAGGAUUUAGUUGGUUGGGUUUGGGAGCUGCACCAAGAGAAUAUGCUCAUGGAAGCCGCAGAUUGUCGCAUUAGCUUGGCUGGGGCAGUCUCUGUAAAGGAGGAUGAUAUAAAGGGUUUGUUAAUGGUCGGAUUGGCGUGCUCAAGUCCAAAUCCUGGAGAUCGGCCUACUAUUCGGCAGGUGAAACAGAUGCUGUUGAGGGAAAUGCCGCCGCCAUGGGUUCCUCCAUUUAGACCGUCUUUUAUUUGGCCAUAUCCCAUGUCUGAGGAUAGCAGUUCAAUCAGCCUAGAGAAUAGCUCACCACAGAGCUUCUUUAUGCAGUCGCCUGCUGUCCGUUAA